CCGUCCCCUCAGUCCGUCCCUCAGUCCUCUUCGUCUCUUUGUUCCUCAAACAUCAGAGUCUCUGCGCUCAGCAAAGGUAAGAAUGAGUGUGAGUCAAAUCUCUGAUUUUAUGUUUAUUUUUCAGACGCUGUGAGAACGAGUGUGUGUGUGUGUGUGUGUGUGUGUGUGUGUGAGUGUGUGUGUGAGAAUCAGUCCUGAUGUUAUAAUUGAUCUUUAUCCUAAAAAAAAUUAACAGUUUUUAAAAUUGACAGUUUUUAACACAAAUAUGAUCAAACCAGUGAAGAGACGUUGUCAUGGAGACGCUCAAAGAAGAAAACUAAAACUUUAGUCUCUCAGUCUGAGUCAGUUUCAGUCAGUUUCAGUCAGUUUCAGUCAGUUUCAGUCAGUUUCAGUCAGUUUGAGUCAGUUUCAGUCAGUUGCAGUCAGUUUCAGUCAGUUUCAGUCAGUUUCAGUCAGUUUCAGUCAGUUUGAGUCAGUUUCAGUCAGUUUCAGUCAGUUUCAGUCAGUUUCAGUCAGUCUGAGUCAGUUUGAGUCAGUUUGAGUCAGUUUGAGUCAGUCUGAGUCCGGUCUUCGUCGGCUCCUCCUGCAGGUUUGAAACGACCGUGUUUGUGUUUCAGAUGAUGGAUGAAGAAUCCACGAAGCGCUACGUUCAAGACGGACAGACGGAGGAACGAGGCGAGGUAACAGCUGAUCUCUGAGAUAUCGUCUGCUCCUCCAAAAUAAAAGGAUGGUUUUAAAGGCUCUUUCUCCAUCCUUCAGUUUUCUGUAAAUUACUGCAGAUUUAAUCAGAUUUGAGCUCGUUUAACACCUGACUGAACUUGAAACAUCAUAAAUAUUUGUCUUCAUGUUAUAAACUCGGGAGGUUUCACGGUGAUAUCUUUACCUGGGGGGUCUCCUACCAUCAUGGACGCCAUCUUGAAAAUGGCGCCUUUCUCGUGGUCAAACUUUGGUCAACUUUGAAUUUGUCGUUAAGGACGUCUGUUACUAUGAAGACCAGCUGAGGGACGUUUGUUCGGGUUAUUUUAGGUCAAAGUUACAGCUGACGAGUUUCUCAGAGACGUUAGACUGUGUCCCAACGAGUGACCUGGACCCUAAUCCCAGAUUAUAAAUACAAAUUUACCGUAAAACUCAGAAUAAAAGUGCAAAUUUACUGUAAAACCCAGAAAAAAAGUGCAAAUUUACCGUAAAACUCAGAAUAAAAGUGCAAAUUUACCGUAAAACUCAGAAAAGAAGUGCAAAUUUACAAUAAAACUUAGAAUAAAAGUGCAAAUUUACCGUAAAACUCAGAAUAAAAGUACAAAUUUAACGUAAAACUCAGAAUAAAAGCGCAAAUUUACCGUAAAACUCAGAAUAAAAGUGCAAAUUUACCGUAAAACUUAUAAUAAAAGUGCAAAUGUACCGUAAAACUCAGAAUAGAAGUGCAAAUUUACAAUAAAACUCAGAAUAAAAGUGCAAAUUUACCGUAAAACUCUGAAUAGAAGUGCAAAUUUACAAUAAAACUUAGAAUAAAUUGCAAAUUUACCGUAAAUCCCAGAAUAAAAGUGCAAAUUUACCGUAAAACUCAGAAUAAAAGUGCAAAUUUACCGUAAAACUCUGAACAAAAGUGCAAAUUUGCCAUAAAACUCAGAAUAAAAGUGCAAAUUUACUGUAAAACCCAGAAUAAAAGUGCAAAUUUACCAUAAAACUCAGAAUAAAAGUACAAAUGUAUCGUUAAACUCAGAAUAAAAGUACAAAUUUACCGUAAAACUCUGAAUAAAAGUGCAAAUUUACAAUAAAACUUAUAAUAAAAGUGCAAAUGUACCGUAAAACUCAGAAUAGAAGUGCAAAUUUACAAUAAAACUUAGAAUAAAAGUGCAAAUUUACUGUAAAACCCAGAAUAAAAGUGCAAAUUUACCGUAAAUCCCAGAAUAAAAGUGCAAAUUUACCGUAAAACUCAGAAUAAAAGUACAAAUUUAUCGUUAAACUCAGAAUAAAAGUACAAAUUUACCGUAAAACUCUGAAUAAAAGUGCAAAUUUACCGUAAUUCUCAGAAUAAAAGUGCAAAUUUGCCAUAAAACUCAGAAUAAAAGUGCAAAUUUACCGUAAAACUCAGAAUAAAAGUGAAAAUUUGCCAUAAAACUCAGAAUAAAAGUGCAAAUUUGCCAUAAAACUCAGAAUAGAAGUGCAAAUUUACAAUAAAACUUAUAAUAAAAGUGCAAAUGUACCGUAAAACUCAGAAUAGAAGUGCAAAUUUACAAUAAAACUUAGAAUAAAAGUGCAAAUUUACCGUAAAUCCCAGAAUAAAAGUGCAAAUUUACCGUAAAACUCAGAAUAAAAGUGCAAAUUUACUGUAAAACUCUGAAUAAAAGUACAAAUGUAUCGUUAAACUCAGAAUAAAAGUACAAAUUUACCGUAAAACUCUGAAUAAAAGUGCAAAUUUACCGUUAUUCUCAAAAUAAAAGUACAAAUUACCGUAAAACUCUGAAUAAAAGUACAAAUUUAUCGUUAAACUCAGAAUAAAAGUACAAAUUUACCGUAAAACUCUGAAUAAAAGUGCAAAUUUACCGUAAUUCUCAGAAUAAAAGUGCAAAUUUACCGUAAAACUAAGAACAAAAGUACAAAUUUACCGUAAAACUCAGAAUAAAAGUGCAAAUUUACCAUAAAACUCAGAAUAGAAGUGCAAAUUUACCGUAAAACCCAGAAUAAAAGUGCAAAUUUACCGUAAUUCUCAGAAUAAAAGUGCAAAUUUACCGUAAAACUCAGAAUAAAAGUGCAAAUUUGCCAUAAAAUUCAGAAUAAAAGUGCAAAUUUGCCAUAAAACUCAGAAUAAAAGUGCAAAUUUACCGUAAAACUCAGAAUAAAAGUGCAAAUUUGCCAUAAAACUCAGAAUAAAAGUGCAAAUUUGCCAUAAAACUCAGAAUAAAAGUGCAAAUUUACCGUAAAACUCUGAAUAGAAGUGCAAAUUUACAAUAAAACUAAUAGUAAAAGUGCAAAUGUACCGUAAAACUCAGAAUAGAAGUGCAAAUUUACAAUAAAACUUAGAAUAAAAGUGCAAAUUUACCGUAAAUCCCAGAAUAAAAGUGCAAAUUUACCGUAAAACUCAGAAUAAAAGUGCAAAUUUACCGUAAAACUCUGAAUAAAAGUGCAAAUUUGCCAUAAAACUCAGAAUAAAAGUGCAAAUUUACCGUAAAACUCAGAAUAAAAGUGCAAAUUUACCGUAAAACUCAGAAUAAAAGUACAAAUUUACCGUAAAACUCAGAAUAAAAGUGCAAAUUUACCAUAAAACUAGGAAUAAAAGUACAAAUUUACCGUAAAACUCUGAAUAAAAGUGCAAAUUUACAAUAAAACUUAUAAUAAAAGUGCAAAUGUACCGUAAAACUCAGAAUAGAAGUGCAAAUUUACAAUAAAACUUAGAAUAAAAGUGCAAAUUUACUGUAAAACCCAGAAUAAAAGUGCAAAUUUACCGUAAAUCCCAGAAUAAAAGUGCAAAUUUACCGUAAAACUCAGAAUAAAAGUACAAAUUUAUCGUUAAACUCAGAAUAAAAGUACAAAUUUACCGUAAAACUCUGAAUAAAAGUGCAAAUUUACCGUAAUUCUCAGAAUAAAAGUGCAAAUUUGCCAUAAAACUCAUAAUAAAAGUGCAAAUUUACCGUAAAACUCAGAAUAAAAGUGAAAAUUUGCCAUAAAACUCAGAAUAAAAGUGCAAAUUUGCCAUAAAACUCAGAAUAAAAGUGCAAAUUUACCGUAAAACUCUGAAUAGAAGUGCAAAUUUACAAUAAAACUUAUAAUAAAAGUGCAAAUGUACCGUAAAACUCAGAAUAGAAGUGCAAAUUUACAAUAAAACUUAGAAUAAAAGUGCAAAUUUACCGUAAAUCCCAGAAUAAAAGUGCAAAUUUACCGUAAAACUCAGAAUAAAAGUGCAAAUUUACUGUAAAACUCUGAAUAAAAGUACAAAUGUAUCGUUAAACUCAGAAUAAAAGUACAAAUUUACCGUAAAACUCUGAAUAAAAGUGCAAAUUUACCGUUAUUCUCAAAAUAAAAGUACAAAUUACCGUAAAACUCUGAAUAAAAGUACAAAUUUAUCGUUAAACUCAGAAUAAAAGUACAAAUUUACCGUAAAACUCUGAAUAAAAGUGCAAAUUUACCGUAAUUCUCAGAAUAAAAGUGCAAAUUUACCGUAAAACUAAGAACAAAAGUACAAAUUUACCGUAAAACUCAGAAUAAAAGUGCAAAUUUACCAUAAAACUCAGAAUAGAAGUGCAAAUUUACCGUAAAACCCAGAAUAAAAGUGCAAAUUUACCGUAAUUCUCAGAAUAAAAGUGCAAAUUUACCGUAAAACUCAGAAUAAAAGUGCAAAUUUGCCAUAAAAUUCAGAAUAAAAGUGCAAAUUUGCCAUAAAACUCAGAAUAAAAGUGCAAAUUUACCGUAAAACUCAGAAUAAAAGUGCAAAUUUGCCAUAAAACUCAGAAUAAAAGUGCAAAUUUGCCAUAAAACUCAGAAUAAAAGUGCAAAUUUACCGUAAAACUCUGAAUAGAAGUGCAAAUUUACAAUAAAACUUAUAGUAAAAGUGCAAAUGUACCGUAAAACUCAGAAUAGAAGUGCAAAUUUACAAUAAAACUUAGAAUAAAAGUGCAAAUUUACCGUAAAUCCCAGAAUAAAAGUGCAAAUUUACCGUAAAACUCAGAAUAAAAGUGCAAAUUUACCGUAAAACUCUGAAUAAAAGUGCAAAUUUGCCAUAAAACUCAGAAUAAAAGUGCAAAUUUACCGUAAAACUCAGAAUAAAAGUGCAAAUUUACCGUAAAACUCAGAAUAAAAGUACAAAUUUACCGUAAAACUCAGAAUAAAAGUGCAAAUUUACCAUAAAACUAGGAAUAAAAGUACAAAUUUACCGUAAAACUCAGAAUAGAAGUGCAAAUUUACCGUAAAACUCAGAAUAGAAGUGCAUAUUUACCGUAAAACUCAGAAUAUAAGUGCAGACUCAAUGACAGACCAUGUCAGAGAAUCAUUUAUCUAACCUUGAU